UCUUCGAGAACAGGCAAGGGUGCUACCACUGUCCGCGGUUGAGGGGAGUCUCCUAUCCGGAUGUGACAGUACGUUGACCCGGAAAAGGAGGGAGCUGGGUCAGUGGGUCCUCGGCCGCGGCUAUGGAGGGAACCGAUUACAGGGUGGUGUUUGAGAAGGGAGGCGUGUACCUGCACACCAGUGCCAAGAAGCAUCAAGACCCGGACUCCCUCAUCGCCGGGGUCAUCCGUGUCGUGGAGAAGGACAAUGAUGUCGUCCUGCACUGGGCUCCUGUAGAGGAGGCUGGAGAUGCCACUCAAAUCCUCUUUUCCAAGAAGGAUGCAAGUGGGGGUGACUCCUGCACCUCUGAGGAAGAACCGACCUUUGACCCCGGCUAUGAGCCCGACUGGGCUGUCAUCAGCACCGUGCGGCCCAGGCCCCGCCACUCAGAACCCACAAGAGGUGCAGAGCCCAGCUCUCCCCGGGACUCCUGGGCCUUCUCGGUGAGCCUGGGGGAGCUCAAGUCCAUCCGCCGGUCCAAGCCAGGCCUCAGCUGGGCCUACCUGGUCCUGGUGACCCAGGCCGGAGGCUCCCUGCCCGCUCUGCACUUCCACCGUGGGGGGACCCGCGCCCUGCUCCGUGUCCUCAGCCGCUAUCUGCUCCUGGCCAGCUCCCCGCAGGACUCCCGCCUCUACCUCGUCUUCCCCCACGACUCCUCCGCCCUCUCCAACUCCUUCCACCACCUCCAGCUCUUUGACCAGGACAGCUCCAACGUGGUGUCUCGCUUCCUCCAGGACCCCUACUCCACCACCUUCAGCAGCUUCUCCCGCGUGACCAACUUCUUCCGGGGAGCCCUGCAGCCCCAUCCAGAGGGGUCCGCCCCCGACCUUCAUCCGGCUCCCGAUGACGAGCCCGAGCCUGGGUUCGAGGUCAUUUCCUGUGUGGAGCUGGGUGCUCGGCCGGAUGUGGAGCGGGAGCCUCCGGUCACAGAGGAGGAGUGGGCCCGCCACGUGGGCCCCGAGGGCCGCCUGCAGCAGGUCCCUGAGCUGAAAGCCCGGAUCUUCUCAGGAGGUCUGAGCCCCAGCCUGAGACGCGAGGCCUGGAAGUUCCUCCUGGGGUACCUCAGCUGGGAGGGCUCCGCUGAGGAGCACAAGGCCCACGUGCGCAAGAAAACGGACGAGUACUUCCGAAUGAAGCUGCAGUGGAAGUCGGUGAGCCCCGAACAGGAGCGGAGGAACUCGCUGCUGCACGGAUACCGCAGUCUCAUCGAGAGAGACGUGAGCCGCACAGACAGGAACAACAAGUUCUACGAGGGGCCCUCCAACCCAGGGCUAAGCCUGCUGAACGACAUCCUGCUCACCUACUGCAUGUACCACUUUGACCUCGGCUAUGUCCAGGGCAUGAGCGAUCUCCUCUCCCCAAUCCUCUACGUCGUCCAGAACGAGGUGGAUGCCUUUUGGUGUUUCUGUGGCUUCAUGGAGCUUGUGCACGGGAACUUCGAGGAGAGUCAGGAGACCAUGAAGCGGCAACUCGGGCAGCUCCUGCUGCUGCUCCGGGUGCUGGACCCGCCACUCUGUGACUUCCUGGACUCCCAGGACUCGGGCUCUCUCUGCUUCUGCUUCCGGUGGCUGCUCAUCUGGUUCAAGAGGGAAUUCCCUUUCCCGGAUGUCCUUCGGCUGUGGGAGGUGCUGUGGACAGGGCUUCCGGGACCCAAUCUGCACCUGUUGGUGGCCUGCGCCAUCCUGGACAUGGAGCGGGACACCCUUAUGCUUUCGGGCUUUGGCUCCAAUGAGAUCCUCAAGCACAUCAACGAGCUGACCAUGAAGCUGAGCGUCGAGGACGUACUGAGGAGGGCCGAGGCCCUCUACCGGCAGCUGACUGCCUGUGCGGAGCUGCCUCACAACGUGCAGGAGGUCCUGGGUCUUGCCCCACCCACAGAGCCCCGCAGCCCCUCCCCUCCUGCCUCCCCACUGCCGCUGUCACCCACCCGCGCCCCACCAGCCCCGCCCCUCCCUGCGGACACAGCCCCACAGCCGGACAGCAGCCUGGAGAUCCUGCCUGAGGAGGAAGAAGAGGAAGGCGCGGACUCCUAAGUUGCUGGGUUGGCGGAAGCCUGCCGGGCACAGCAUUUUAUGGAGCUCCAGCCCCACCGCACACCAGGAAGCUGGGGGCGGAGCAAGAGGGCGGAGCUCCGCCCUCGCCUCCAGCACCCUACUGAUUAGCUGGCUUCAUUAAUUGACACUAAUAGUGUCCCGUUGGUUUCAUGUAGUUGUAGAAAGGAGGCUGCCAUGCAGCCUUGAACUAGAUGGGGCGGGGGUGGUAUGUGGUCCUCUCUGACCACUCUGCAGAGCAGGUGUCUGGCCUUGGACCCCUAACCUGGCCAAUGAGACACAAAAGGAGGCCCCUUUGGGAUGAGUGGUGGCUGAGGCUUGUGGAGGCAAGUCUCGUUUAACUGCCCGAGUUUGGGGCUUUUUGGAGGAGCAAGGACGGGCUGCUGGGGUGCGGCUGCCACCUAAUAGUUGUGCGGGGACACGUCCUCAACAUAACUGACACAGAGGCUCCUACAGAGCUACUCAAGACACUCUGAGGACCCUGCCUACCAGCUUCUUGUUACUUGAGAAAAAUAAACUUGUGUUUAAUCUGUUA